GACUUUGUCUAUUCCGACACCUGGUGGCCACUGGUAAUAUUGCAGGGGGCGUUUUUAUAUGCAGCUCCCUGUAUAGAAGCGACACGACGCAGCUUUGGAAACUUGUCAUGUCGGAAAAUACAGAAUUCUUUCCAGGUAUUUCCAAGAUACCUUAUGUUCCUGAUGGCAGUGCGAGAGAUUUGCUGUGUUUUAAGCAUUAUAAUGCAUCAGAGAUUUUGCUUGGCAAGUCGAUGGAGGAUUGGCUCCGAUUCUCUGUGUGUUACUGGCACUCGUUUUGUGGAACUGGUGCUGACCCAUUUGGAUCUGCAACUCUGCACAGGCCUUGGAAUGAAGGAGGAGACCACAUGGAGAUCGCGAAGAAAAGACUCAGAGCUGCAUUCGAGUUCUUCACCAAACUUGGUGUGAAGUACUACACGUUUCAUGACAGGGACAUGGCCCCUGAAGGAAAAACGAUGGAGGAGUCCAACAGAAACCUGGAUGAAAUAACAGACCUGGCACUAGAACUUCAGAAGCAGACUGGAGUGAAAGUGUUGUGGGUCACCUGCAACCUGUUUGCUCAUCCCAGAUAUAUGAAUGGAGCUGCAAGUAAUCCAGAUUGCCAUGUUUUUGCCUUUGCUGGAGCUCAGGUGAAGAAAGGUCUAGAGAUUGCCAAGAAACUGCAGGCGGAAAACUUUGUGUUCUGGGGAGGUCGUGAAGGCUUCAUGUCUGCACUCAACACAGAUGUUGCGACUGAACUCAAGCACAUGGCCAACUUUUUUAAAAUGGCUGUGGCUUAUAAAGAGAAGAUUGGCUUAAAAUGCCAGUUUCUCAUCGAGCCCAAGCCGAAGGAACCAUGCAAGCACCAAUACGACUACGAUGCGAUGAGUGUUAUUGGCUUUCUUAAGCACUUUGGAUUGGACAAAGACUUUAAACUGAAUAUUGAGCCCAAUCACACGACCCUGGCUGGACAUUCUUACGAACACGACAUCAUCAUGGCCUCUGUGUUUGGUAUGCUCGGUUCUGUGGAUGCCAACACAGGCUCUCCUGACUUGGGCUGGGACACAGAUCAGUUCCCCAUGGACAUCAGAAAUACGACCUUGGUGAUGAAGGCUGUUAUUGAGCAGGGCGGCCUGCAGCCUGGAGGUUUAAAUUUCGAUGCCAAGGUCCGGAGGGAGUCGACUGAGCUGGAGGAUUUGUUCAUCGCUCACAUUGGUGCCAUGGACGCUUUCGCUCGAGGCCUCAGAAACGCAGCCAAGAUGAUUGAGGAAGGAUUUUGCAAAAUAUGCUUCGGGAACGCUACACAAGCUUUAGCGUUGGACUUGGACGAAAGGUGGAGGAGUGCAGCUGCUCACUAGAGGACCUCGAGGAGUUCAUUAAGCAAAACGGAGAGCCUGAAGUUAAAUCUGGGAAACAAGAACAAUAUGAAGCGGUCUUUAAUCAUUAUUUGUGAGAAGCCGGUCAUUUUCAAGUGAGGCGAAAUAAUACAUUAAUAUAUCUGGGUUUAUAAAUGCAGAAGAACCUCAAUGAGUACAUUUACUUGUACAAGCUAAUAUAAUAACUGCAAAAAAGAAAGUUCAAUAAAAUUGAAAUGAAUAAAAGCAAUUUUAAGAAUUAUUGUGACCAAGCAGCAAAUCCUGAUGUUAAUUUUAAAAUCGAAUUUUGAUCCUUUAUUUACUUUACUUCAGUCAUACGUCAGUCAUUUUCCAUUUUAAAUACAUGAUGUACUGCAAUUCACAACUCCACUUGCAAUGUGAGAAAAGUCACUGAAAAGAACAGUAUGUUAAAUCCAAAUUUCCCCCCAAAAAACUUACAUUUCUUGAAAUAAUUUGUUUAAUCUUUCAUAUGAUUUAAUGUUAUAAUGAACAUGGUGAUAAUAAUGCGUUAAACAGUUGCGGUAUAGUGCGAUAAUAAUUGUGUUAUCAUUAACGGCAGUCUGUAUACAGCACAAUACAGGAUAAAGACAUGAAGAUGGUGCAGGAAAGCACUAAGAGAGUAUCCAGGCAUGAAAAGCGGAAAAGCAGGAAAGCUAUAUUAAUAAAUAAUAAUAGUAAUAAUAAUAGUAAUAGUAAAUUAUACUAUGAAACGUGCAUUAAAUGGUGCUUUCUGGAUUAUCUGAAGGAAUAUCAUAGACUGAGAAAAAUAAAAUGAGAUUUUAACUAA